UCAAAGAUCCAAUCGUUUCCUAUCUUCUCACCUAAAUUUAUCGUUCGUUAUUCAUCGUUCGUCGUACGGCAUUUGGUUGCCGCCUUUAAUAAAGACGGCAAGCGCGUAGUACGUGCGAUUACCAUCGUUUCAAGUGCUCCGCAACGUGCACGCAAGUGAUAAUGUCCGAGGAUGUUAGUGUAACGAUUCAAAAGGGCCUGUCGGAAUGGUGGAACGAAGAAACCGAGUAUAUUUUUCAACGAAUCGAACGAUGGGCUGCGUACGCAAGAGGUUACAACCGGUUGAGGUCGCAAAGACUAUCAAGAGGUCGUAUGACUAUGCAAGGAGGACAGGAGCCACGCUGGAGUAUUUCCUCCAACAAGCUGAUCAUCGACGAUUGCUCUUGGAGUCCGCGUUUUCAUAGCUUGAAAAAAUCACGACGAAAAUCCCGGCCAGAGGAAACCAAGAUCGAUUGCUGCGCAACUCUCAACUACCAAUCCAACAGCAAUUUGGACAGCUCUUGCCUGGAAACCUAUAGAUACGACCAUAGUAUUUACUUCAAGACGAUUGGCGACAUUAAAAAUGACAAGAAACACGUCAAUGUUACCACGAACGGAGAAGAAGAUGGGAUUUCUGUUAGCAGCGAGGAGCUGGUCGAAUGGCACGUUAACACAGUGUCAGGAUUUAUCGCCAGUCAGCUAUUCGAAGAUACGUUCGCCAAUCACGACAAAGAAAAUACCUUGGAUUCCACAAGAAAUUCUCAUCAGGAUGCCAACAGGCAACUUGACUCUGUCGCAUGGUUCAACGUGGAUUUGUCGAAGCUCGAUUUAGACGAAGACGACAUCACCGUGACAGUUACCAAUCAGCUAAAUAAUGAAAACGGUUCGACAAUUUUCGAGAACGAAGAGCAAACGAAUAAUAAUUACAUUCAGGACGAAGAAACCGUCGUGAAAACCAACUUGAAGAAUGGGACGCAAUUAAGCUGCGUGGACCAAGAUGAAAACAACGCGAAGGAGGGAGCACGGCCCGAGGAAGGAACCAAGAAGUACCUUGACGUUCGAAGAACGAGAAGAUCAUACAGAACGGUUAAACAACAACCAGUUGUAGGUGAUAACGAAGUGGUUUGGCCUAGUGUAUUAUUAAAUUACACUAAAAACAUCAGCCCCUCCAAUUCGCCGCAUCAUUACAACGAACCACGAAAAUAAAUUAGAAGACAAAUUUUCACGACGCGAUGGAUUUGAUUUUACGUUUCAACGAUAACGUUGACAAACGUUUCAACAAUAAAUGCACGUAAAAUUAUCUCUAUAACAUCGUUCCACUCUAUUAGAAUACAUCCUUUUUUGUAUCAAACUCUUCAAAUCAAAAUCAUUAUUUUAUCAAUCAUAUUCCUCGUAAAUGUAUGAUGGAAAAUAAAUGACAUUCGUCUCGUAUACAAA